AUGUUCAGUGCAUUGGCAGCUUUUAACACGAGAAUAGGUGACCUGGGGACAAACAUUGAGAAUAAAAUUGUUGAACGUAUAACAAAUUCUGUGAAUGAAACUGUUAUAAGAACCGUGGAUAAGAAAAUUAAAGAAAUAGGAAAUAUGCAGGAGAAUUUUAUGACCGAAAUAAAUAAACUUAAUGAUGUUCGUGUGACGAAGACAAUUCGCUUACCGGCUUCAGAGGGUGUUUGUGUUAUCAAGUAUAGCAAUAUAUGUGAAUGCUUCAGUCCUUCAGAAACAACUCAUCCGAUAGAAUGCUGCGGAGACAAAAUUAUACGAUUGGAAUGGACUGGUGCGACAAUACUCUACGAGCAAAUUAAUGACACAUCAUGUACUCCAUCAAAGGGGAACUCUUCUUGUUUAGUCAAUGAAGAAAAUAAUUUUAAAGUAAAUUAUGAAGAUAAAUUAAACAUCUAUAACAGUUGUAGUGGAAAGAAACGAUGUAAUGUAACUGUAAAUCCAUCUAGAAAUAUAAAGAUACAAAUUCCGGUAUUUUGUGUACCAGCAACCAGAAUCUACAAUUUCAUAGGGGAUUCUCCUACAAAUGUUACAAAAAUAUCACCAAUAUUUUACAUCGCUGGUAACGAUUACAUUGGGAAAGAGAUUAACUACAGUUGUACUGUCAAAGCAGCAGAAGUGUUGAAACUGAAGGUUUUCUACAUAUACCUUGGUCCUAGAUCCUGUGAAAAAGUAAAGAUGUAUUCGAAAGGAUUCCCAAAGUUUGAAUUGGUCUGUACGGACUUCGGAAUGACAAUGUUUUAUAAAGAUAUUGGACGUAUCGGUACAGAGUUUAGUUUAGAAAUAAAGGAUCUGAAAUUGGACAGGAAUGAAGUUAUAUAUCUAAGAUUUGGCAGAGUGGCGAACAUAAAUGUACGUUGCCAUGGUUACCAGAUAGAUACAACAGAGACAGUGAACAUGUUGAAUACAACAGAGAAUUCCAAGAUGGUUUGCAAAGAUGAAGAUGAAACCAGCCCCUACGUCAUGUUUGGGGUAAUUGUAGCUGCUCUGAUUGUCACAAACUUAGCCUGUAUUGUAAUUGGUAUCUACUGUUUUCUCAGAAACCGAAAGUCGCCGAAAGAAACAACUACCAAUGUGACAAUGUCAAACCGGGAGGAAAAUGAAAGUGACAACUCACACUACCAAUACGUUGAUAUAAGGAAUUCUCACGUUACCUAUUCAAACCACAACAAUCACGAUUUGGAAAUUGAGGACCAAGAGUCAGACAAUGGUUUUAUUUCUGUCCGAGUUUAA